AUGUCAGCCGUGGUCCUGGAGAACGGAGGCUCGGUCAAGAAACCCAGCGACUUUGCACAGGAAACAAGCUAUAUUGAAGACAACUCCAAUCAAAAUGGUGCCAUAUCACUGAUCUUCUCACUCAAAGAAGAAGUUGGUGCGCUGGCCAAAGUCUUACGUUUAUUUGAGGAGAAUGAUAUAAACCUGACCCACAUUGAAUCAAGACCUUCACGUUUAAGGAAAGAUGAGUAUGAAUUUUUCACCUAUCUGGAUAAACGCAGCGUGCCCACUCUGGCAAACAUCAUCAGAAUCUUGAGGCAUGACAUUGGUGCCACUGUGCACGAGCUUUCCAGGGACAAGAAGAAAGACACAGUGCCCUGGUUCCCAAGAACCAUUCAAGAGCUCGACAAAUUUGCCAAUCAGAUUCUCAGCUAUGGAGCGGAACUGGAUGCAGACCACCCCGGCUUUAAAGAUCCUGUGUACCGAGCAAGACGGAAGCAAUUUGCUGACAUUGCCUACAGCUAUCGACAUGGGCAGCCCAUCCCUCGAGUGGAAUACACGGAGGAAGAAAAGAAAACAUGGGGGAUAGUGUUCAGGACCCUGAAGUCCUUGUACAAAACCCACGCUUGCUACGAGCACAACCACAUUUUCCCACUUCUGGAAAAGUACUGUGGCUUCCGCGAAGAUAACAUUCCCCAGCUCGAAGAGGUUUCUCAAUUUCUGCAGACUUGUACUGGUUUCCGCCUCCGACCUGUGGCUGGCCUGCUUUCCUCUCGGGAUUUCUUGGGUGGCCUGGCCUUUCGUGUCUUCCACUGCACCCAGUACAUCAGACAUGGGUCCAAGCCCAUGUAUACACCUGAACCUGACAUCUGCCAUGAGCUGUUGGGACAUGUACCCUUGUUUUCAGAUCGCAGCUUUGCCCAGUUUUCGCAGGAAAUCGGCCUCGCCUCUCUGGGUGCCCCGGACGAGUACAUUGAGAAACUCGCAACAAUUUACUGGUUUACUGUGGAGUUUGGGCUCUGCAAGCAAGGAGACUCCAUAAAGGCAUAUGGUGCUGGGCUCCUGUCAUCCUUUGGUGAAUUACAGUAUUGCUUGUCAGGCAAGCCGAAGCUCCUUCCUCUGGAACUGGAGAAGACCGCUCUUCAGCAGUACACAAUCACGGAGUUCCAGCCCCUGUAUUACGUGGCUGAGAGUUUUAAUGAUGCCAAGGAGAAAGUGAGGAACUUUGCUGCUAUAAUCCCACGGCCCUUCUCAGUUCGUUAUGACCCAUACGCCCAGAGGAUUGAGGUCUUGGACAAUACCGAACAACUUAAGAUUUUGGCUGACUCCAUCAAUAGUGAAGUUGGAAUCCUUUGCAGUGCCCUCCAGAAAUUAAAGUGA